AAUGGUUUUUUUUUAUCAGGAAAAAAAAGAAACAAACAAAUCAAGUUAAAAUAUGAGGUUUUUGGAAAUGGAAACGAAAAACUAGUUUUGGUAAUGGGAAUAUUAAGCAAUCCUUCUACAUGGAAACAUCAAAUUAAAUAUUUGCUUAAAAAUUAUCCACAAUAUCAGAUCGCAAGCUUUUAUUACCGUGGUAUUGAUGGGUCAGAGUUCUAUCCAACUACCGGUAUUAGGGAUUAUUCAAUGGAUAUGGAAGAUUUUUUAGAUUAUUUGAAAUGGGAUAAAGCACACAUAGUUUCUACAUCUUUUGGUUCACAAGUUUCAUAUGAUUUUGCAUUGUAUGCACCCCAUAGAGUGAAUUCUUUGCUUCUAUCCUCCAUGAAACCCCCAUAUAAAAACUUUAUUGCCGAAUGUUCAAUAAUGAUGGAUAGUAUUUACAAAAAAGAUUUAAAAACAUUUGAAAAAUUAUUUUUUUCAAAUGAUUUUUUAAAUUCAAAAGAUGAAAACAAUAAAUCAAUGAAAUUAAAAAUAAAAAAUGCUCUUACCAAGCAACUUAAAGAAAGGAGUAAAAUAUCAAAGGAAGUUAUUAAAGAUCAAUUUAAAAGUUCUUUUAAUUUCAUUGUAACCGAUGAAGAUAAACUCAUAUUGAACCAAAGGGAUUUUCCAAUAUCACUAGUAUAUGGAACAAAUGAUGCACUAUUUCCAUUCAAAGAUACACUCAAUCUAUUGAAUAUCAUCAAACCCGAAUGCUUUUCAAUAAUCAACGGUUGUGGUCACGGUGUUCCUAACGAAAGAUUAAAAGAUUUUAAUUCCGAAAUGAUUAACACACUAAAAUUAAAAAGAUCACAUGAAAAUUCAGAAAUUAAAUUUUACAAAAAUAUUUUUGCAAAUAACCCUAAAAAAGACAUGGAAAAUUUUAAUUUUAAAUUGAAUAACCAAUCAUUAUCCAACCAAGUAGUUUUAAAUAGUUAUAUUAAUAGUUUUGUUGCUCCUUCCUUCAAUUCAGUCCAUAAUAGUAAAUAUUCAUUGGGGUUGAACUUUUUAAAAAAU